AUAUUCACGUCAAACUUCGAAUAUAAGAAAAAUUCAUAUUGUUUCAACAAAAUAACUGGUUGCAAGCAAACAUUAUAUUCUGUUGCCUGCUAACUAAUCCAAAGGAUGUCCUCACGCUACGAUCGAGCUUUAACCAUAUUCUCGCCGGAUGGCCACCUGUUGCAGGUGGAGUACGCCCAGGAAGCUGUUCGAAAGGGUUCCACAGCGGUUGGCGUUCGUGGAGCCAAUUGCGUGGUGCUGGGCGUGGAGAAGAGCUCGGUGUCCCCGAUGCAGGAGGAUCGAACGGUGCGAAAGAUCAGCAUGCUCGACAAGCACGUUGCGUUGGCAUUUGCCGGUCUCACGGCCGAUGCACGGAUCCUAAUAAACCGAGGGCAGAUGGAGUGCCAGAGCCAUCGACUCAACUUCGACAACCCGGUGACCCCCGAGUACAUCACCAGAUACAUUGCCCAGCUUAAGCAGAAGUACACUCAGUGCACUGGACGUCGUCCUUUCGGAAUAUCCUGUCUAGUCGGAGGCAUUGACGCCGAUGGCUCUGCACGUCUCUUCCACACGGAACCAUCCGGGAUAUUCUACGAGUACAAGGCGAUCGCCACUGGGCGUUCGGCAAAUACUGUGAGGGAGUUCUUCGAGAAGGCCUAUCGCGACCAUGAAGUGACAACCAAAUGUGAAGCCAUCAAACUAGCCACGCGUGCCCUUCUCGAGGUAACCCAGUUGGGCCAGAGCCGCCUGGAGGUGGCCGUUUUGGAGAAUGGCAAGCCAAUGAAGAUGCUGGACAGUUGUGUAAUUUCGGAAAUAGUUAAGAUCCUUCAGAAGGAAAAGGAGCAGGAGCUCCAAGCGAAGGCACAUAAAAUGAAGAGAUGAAAUUCUGUUAUCAACAAAUAGUUGAUUUUGUAUGUUUAUCAAAUUGUUUUGUUUUUUUGCUUGUGUUUUGAUGCUUGUGAAGGCUUUUAUCUUUGUAUAAUGCAGUAAUAAAUUAAGGUUAAA